AUGCCACCACUCCCACUCCCCGUCAUCGCCAUUGCGGGGCUUGCCUGCGAAACCUCCAGCUUCUCCCCGGCACGCACGCUGGCGCCGGCAUUCCAUCCCCGCCGCGGGCCCCAAGUGGUCGACGAAUAUCCCUUCAUUCACCGCGAAACACCACUCGGCAGAGCAGCGAAUUGGCAAGGCGCACUGAUCGGCCAUGCGCUUCCCGGGGGGAUCGUGACCAAAGCCGCGUUUGAGGAACUGGCCGGCGAGAUAUUGUCGCGGCUGUCCGAGAUUCAAACGCAGUCCGAGGCGGGCAUACAGGGACUGUGGUUCGACAUACACGGGGCGAUGUGCGUCGAGGGAAUGGAUGAUAUUGAAGCAGAGCUCUUGCGGCGCAUUCGAACGGUCGUGGGGCCAGACGCCAUCGUGUCGGCCUCGAUGGAUUUGCACGGCAACGUCUCGCAGCAGCUAGCCCACCAGGUGGACUUGAUCACGUGCUACCGCAUGGCUCCCCAUGAGGACGAGAUGGAAACCAAAGAGCGCGCGUGUCGGAAUCUGGUCCAGCUGUUGGCCACGGAGGCCAGGCCCAUUCGGCGUCCUCUGAAAGCAUGGGUCCGGGUGCCCAUUCUGUUGCCAGGGGAACAAACCUCAACGCGAUUGCAGCCAGCGAAGGGGCUCUAUGCCUUGGUCCCGGAGGUCGAGGCCACGCUUGGUGUGCUGGACGCCGCGAUUUGGGUUGGAUACGCAUGGGCGGAUGAGCCUCGCAACCAUGCCGUCGUGCUCGUCACCGGCUGGGAUCUGGACGUGGUGACGAAAUGUGCGGAAAUGCUCGCUCAGUUCUUCUGGGAUGCCCGGGAGAAAUUUCAUUUUGUAGCCCCCACGGGUUCGCUGGCCGACUGCCUAGAGAAGGCGCUGUCCUCAUCCGCUCGGCCGUUUUUCGUCUCUGAUUCGGGCGAUAACCCAACAGCAGGGGGCGCUGGAGACGUGACGUGGAGCCUCAUCCAAAUACUGGCCCGGUCGGAAUUUCAAAACAAAGUGGGACCAACCGUAAUCUAUGCAAGUAUCCCCGGCCCACAGGCGGUCGACGAGAUGGUUGCAGCUGGGAUAGGCGCCACUGUGACCGUCACCGCAGGGGCAGAGGUCGACGAUCUUCACAGCGGGCCCAUAACGAUGGCAGGCCAAGUCCACGCGAUCAGAUCAAGGGAUCGAGACGCCGUUGUAGAAGGUGUGCUCCGCGUGGGGAGUGUUUUUGUUAUCAUUACGAAGCUCCGCAAACCAUACCACCAUGAACAUGAUUUCACUGCAUUGGACUUGCAACCGAGAUCGGCCGCCAUCGUGAUCAUUAAGAUCGGGUAUCUGGAACCAGAGCUCUUUGACAUGGCCGCCGAUUGGAUGCUGGCCCUCACGCCAGGCGGCGUGGAUCAGGACUUGGUGCGUCUGGGGCAUCGCCGAAUCGGUCGGCCCAUGUGGCCCUUUGAUAAAGAAUUCCAGCCGGAACCCGAUUUGGCACCUCUGUUGAUCCCGAUGUCGAACAAGCCAUUCAGGGUGUACAUGGAAGAGCCUGAAAAGUACAGUCGGUCAGCAUGGGCUGAGGUGGUGUGA